AUGCCGAAAGAGAUUCGGCCUUUCACCGCGCGUUCAGCGUCGGCGAUGAAUCUGCCAUAUUCAAUCCAGAGUGCUUCAGCGCAGCGAAACGCAGCCAUCUGGAGUGCCCCAGACGACGAAAAGCUCUUGCAUGCUCGAGCCUCUGGACUCAACUGGCAACCGAUUGCCAACCGCCAUUUCCCGAACAAAACUGCCAACGCAUGCCGCAAACGUCACGAACGACUCAUCGAGCGCCGUCAAGUCGAGGACUGGGAUGCCCAGAAGCUCGAGUUGCUGGCACAGGAGUAUGUUGCCUUACGAAAGGAGAUGUGGGAGAUGUUGGCCGCCCGUAUAGGCGAGCGCUGGAGUGUUGUAGAAGCCAAGUGUAUGGAGAAAGGACUGCGAGGCUUGCAGUCUACAGCGCGUACAGCCCAACGCCGCUCAUCUGUGACCGAUCGAGGAACAUCAGAGAAUAACAGUGACUCUGGAGUCUACCUUGGAGCUUCCGACACCGAGAUGGACAGCGGACUAGCCGGCACCACGACAGUACAACACACGAAAUCUUCUUCUUGGCAUGCAAAUGACGCUCACCAACAACUCAACAUGGCAAACGAGCACGUCCGCUCCCGCAGCCUACCCCAGCUCCUGCCGUUAUAUCAACCGCCUCCUCCAGUCUCACGACCCAAGCGCACGAUCGAGAAUGGAAUUGAGAUGACGACCAGCCCGGAAGAUACCGUCUUUCCACGAAUCACUACAUGCUUCUCCCGCUACUCUCCCAACUCGAAUGGACGAGGUGGCAUCAGCAUCGAGUCUGUGCUCUCACCAACGGAUCCUCCGACUGUGUAUGCCGUGCAUAAGACUUAUGGACCUUAUACCAGCGCCAUACGAGGCUCUUGA